AGCGUCGCGAAGGCUUCCGUCCUUGGCGAUCUGAGGCCACCUGUAUAAGAUAGCGUGUUGGGGUUUGAGAACCAGUAUGGAGGCCGUCGAUCUUCUCCAAUAUUGCGGGGAGUCGAUGAGGAAGCGGUUCGCCAGUGCCCUGGAUUGCUGAGCUCUCGCCGACUGCGUCCCCCUCGAGCGCCAGCAGGGUCAUGCUGGCUUCGCGGAUGGCGCGCGCCUCUUGGGGGGCCCUGCGCGUCGCCGCGUGGGCACCAGGAGCGCGGCCGGGAAAGGGGCGCGCCCGCGGGGCUCUGCUGCCGCCCGCGCCCGGCUGCCUGGGUUUCCUGGCUGAGCGCUGGUGGCUGCGCCCGGCUGCGCUCGGCUUGCGGCUGCCUGGGGCUAGCCCGCGAGCCCACUGCUCGGGCGCGGAGAAGGCAACCCCCGGGCCCGCGACCGGAGAGGACGCUGCUGUUGAGGCCCGACGUGGCCAGUGGGGCCCGACGAGCGCCUCCAACCUGUAUGAAAACCCAUGGACAAUCCCAAAUAUGUUGUCAAUGACGAGGAUUGGCUUGGCCCCAGUUUUGGGCUAUUUGAUUAUUGAAGAAGAUUUUAAUAUUGCAUUAGGAGUUUUUGCUUUAGCUGGGCUAACUGACUUGUUGGAUGGAUUUAUUGCUCGAAACUGGGCCAGUCAGAAAUCAGCUUUGGGAAGUGCUCUUGAUCCACUUGCUGAUAAAAUACUUAUCAGUAUCUUAUAUAUUAGCUUGACCUAUGCAGAUCUUAUUCCAGUUCCACUUACUUAUAUGAUAAUUUCAAGAGAUGUAAUGUUGAUUGCUGCUGUUUUUUAUGUCAGAUAUCGAACUCUUCCAACACCGCGAACACUUUCUAAGUAUUUCAAUCCUUGUUAUGCCACUGCUAGGUUAAAACCAACCUUCAUCAGUAAGGUGAACACAGCAGUCCAGUUAAUCUUGGUGGCAGCUUCUUUGGCAGCUCCAGUUUUCAAUUAUGCUGACAGCAUUUACCUUCAGAUCCUAUGGUGUUUUACAGCUUUUACCACAGCUGCAUCAGCUUACAGUUAUUAUCAUUAUGGCCGGAAAACUGUCCAGGUGAUAAAAGGCAGAUGAAAAGUCAUCAUUAUCGUUAACAAGGAAGCAGUACACAUCAACAGUGGCAGGGCCAGUGGAAGUCUACAGGAGUUCCUUUAUUUUGGCGUUCAGCUUGAAGGAGGACUUGUCAGAACAAACCAUGUCAUCAAAAUUUUAAGUAAUGUGCAUUGAUAAUAAGCUUGAUCAUGGGCAUAUGCAGAAUUUCCAACAUAUUUUUAAAUAAAAAUAAAACUAUAAUUUAGGAUUUUUUAUCUUAGGUUUCUUGAUUAAUUUAUAAGUAGCAAUUAUUCUAAUUAUUCUUUUUUUUUUAAGCCAUUUUUAAAAAUACAUUCAAAAAGCCAGUUGAGAGCAUGGAAACUGAAGAGUUGGCACUUUAAUAAAUUUGGAUUGCUCACAAAGCACUAGGGAGUGUCCUGGGGUUAAAUAUAUAAUCAUGUAUAACUUAGCUGCACAGUUGUAUGUUUGACUUAGAUCUGUGUACGUAUUAACAGUACAUGUGAUUAAUAUUUGAUUAUUUAGGAUAAUGACUAUAAAGAUAGCUUAGUUUUGGUUAAAGUAAACUUGUAAAGAGAUUUAAAAUGUAGUCAGUUUUGAAAUCAAUAAGAUCAAAAUAGAAGCUAUUGAAGUUCACAUUCAGAAGUCUUCCAACCUCUCAGGUGCCUUGCAUCAGGAUAAUAAGCAACAAAGGUAGUUGGAAAAUGCAAAUGUGUCUGUUACCCUAGCCAUUCAGGAAGCAGUGAGUUAUAUCGUACCUUCUCACUAUAUUUCUAACAUAUGUUUGUAUGAUACUGGGACCUGUACUUGUAUGUUAUGUAAAUAAUAUGAAACUGUAUAUUUUUCAAAGUUGUUUUUUUUUUUUAAACUUGAGGAAUGUUCUUUUGUUAAGAUGUUAAAGGAAUAAAAGAGCUGGGAAAAAAAUGA